UGAGAACACAGUUUUAAAGUUAUACUCAAACUUGAUAUAAAUUAAAAUUUUGCACGAUUAAGAAAUGAAUUAUCAUUGGAUACCAUCAUCAACCCAUCAGGGUCUUGCUACAGGUUCAGCUGUUUAUGCAGGAAAUGAUGCUGAUGGAUCUCCUAUAUACGUUGGGCGCGCAUUCCAUGAAGGUGAUCAAAUACCAGCUAAAGUCAUCCCUUCUAAGCAGGCAUGUUAUGUUUCACAUAAUGGUUUAGAACAUUUCAAACCAACCUUUGAGGUUCUUAGCGGCACAGGCUUCACUUGGGUUGGUAGUUCUAAUGGACAUGUCCCGCCUGGAGCUGUUCUUGCAGGAAAUCAAAGUACUGGAGAACCUCUUUAUGUUGGACGGGCGCAUCAUGAAGGAAGCUUAACAGUAGGAAAAAUUCUUCAGGGUCAUGGUUGCAUUUACAUCCCUUUCAAUGGACAAGAACAUCCUAUUUUGCAUUAUGAAGUUCUUGUAGGUCAAGCAAAGGCCCAAUGGGUUCAUGCUUCUUCCCAUGGGCCAAUGCCUCCGAAUCCAAUUUUUGCUGGAACUGAAACUGACGGAAGCCCCAUUUACAUUGGACGUUGUUUCCAUAAUGGAGAUCAACUUCCAGCUAAAGUCAUUCCAAAUCAAAAUGUUGCUUAUGUUACAUUUGAUGGUCAAGUGAUACCAAAGUAUAGUUACGAGGUUUUAUGCGACGGAAAUGUUCAAUGGGUGCCUUCUGCACAUGGUGCUGUUUUACCAAAUGCUGUUGUUGGUGGUCGCACAUCUACUGGGGAAACUCUUUAUAUUGGACGAGGACAAUGGAUGGGGUCUUUAACUCCAGGAAAAAUUCAUCCAUCUCAUGGAAAUUUAUAUAUUGCCUCCAAUGGUAUGGAAUGUGCUGUUGGAAAUUAUGAAGUUUUAAUUGAAAAUUGACAAGACUUAAAAAAACGUUUUUUUGUACUAUUUUCUUAAAUGUUUUUUAUAUUUUCAUCAUGAAAAAUAUAAAAUUCUUUGGGAUUUUGAAGGAUCAA